CGGCCCGGCGGCUUUCAUCGUGCCCCGGGCCCGCGCCGCCCGGCCGUCCGGUGACCGUCCGCACCCCGCAGUGCGCCCGACGGCCCGGCGCUGGAAGUUCGGGCCCGCGGAGCCCGGCCGCCAGCCCCGGGAUGCACGUGAACUUGGAGAAAGUCGCGGGGCGCGCCGGCGCGGACCUCCGCUGCAGGGCGUGGGCGUCCCCGGCCCCGCGCGCUUUCGUUUUCGUCCGGGACAAAGGUCCCUCGCGGCGCAGGUCGCGGACGUGGAGAUCGUGUCCUGCGGGCCACUUUGCGGGGAGGUCCGGUCGUUCAACACAGGGAAGCCGGAGCCAGGAGAAGUGGAGCAGCGCGGUCCGAGGCGCGGCGCGGGACCAGGGGAGUGGGGCCUGGCCGUGCGCUUCGCCCGCGCCGUCCCGGAGCUGUCGCGCCCCUGCCACGAGUUGUGGGACAUGGCACCGCUUUGCUCUCUGCCCUUUCGCCGCGUGAAGGAGAGAAUCACUUGGAACCCACGACUCAGACCGAUGGCCGAGGGCCUGUGCAGCCGUGGGCACGAUAGCGCAGCGCCGGCUGCGUCCGGGCGCGUCCCUCCGGCAAGGGCAGAGCGCCCCUGUCUCGAUUGGGUUCACUCUCGAUUCUUGAGGCCGAGCAUGGCUGGUCCCAGAGCACCCCCGAGAAAGUGCACACCUGUCGUGGCCUUCAAAAGACGCUCCAGGACCACACGGCCAGGUGGACGGUGUUUGCCCUGCGUCUGGGUGGUGAGGCAGCCCAGGAGGUCUCACCCCUUCUUCCCGGCACCCUGGUCCCUGGCUGACACCUGGAGCUUGGACGACCGUGCCACCCUCAGGUCAAGAAGUGGCACUGAGAUGGGAGCUUCUAUCCGAGGCCAGCCUUACUCAACGGUGAGCCGAGCGUUAGGGCGGGGCCGUCCCCGCUGGCGGGGACACCUCACGGCUGUCCCACUCUUCCCAGCCCAGCCAGAGCCCACAGGAGGCCUCGCCCUGGGCCCUCAUGCAGGAGACAGGCCCACCCCUGGCCUUGGCGUGGGUGCACGGCCACUCCUGCUGAAUGCCCAGAGGACUGUCACAGGACACGGGACAGCACAGGGUGUCUGCAUGGAAGAGGAACGCAGGCCCCGCCUCCCCGUGCACCGCGAGGGCCCGUCGCCCCCUUUUCUCCAGCCCUCCGCUGCGAUCCUAAUACACAGGCCGCUGAUGUCGACCUGAGACGCACACGGGAGAUGCCUCUGGGAGCCAUGAUGUCCCUCCAGGCGCCGAGACUGACGGCCCUUUGGGGUGAGGUAGUAGGUUGUAUAGUUUGGGGCUCUGCCCUGCUAUGGGAUAACUAUACAAUCUACUGUCUUUCCUGAAGUGGCUGUAAUAUCGACAGUGGACAGCAUCCAGGACCCUGGCUGCUGGAGG